AUGGACGGCAUCAUUGCCCCUAUCAGCAAAGCUGGAGCUGCCAAGUUAGUUAAGAAAAAUUUCCUGGAUGCUCUAAAGUCCAAUGACUUCGAAAAACUGAAGGAUAUUUUAACCCAGAGGCAAAUAGAUGUGGACACAGUGUUUGAAGUUGAAGAUGAGAACAUGGUCUUGGCAUCUUACAAACAAGGCUAUUGGCUGCCCAGUUAUAAGCUGAAGUCUUCCUGGGCAACUGGCCUGCACCUCUCAGUCUUGCUGGGUCACGUGGAGUGCCUGAUGGUCCUGCUGGACCACAAUGCCACCAUCAACUGCCGGCCCAACGGGAAGACCCCUCUGCACGUGGCUUGUGAAAUGGCCAACCUCGAGUGCGUGAAGGUUCUCUGUGACCGUGGGGCAAAGCUCAACUGCUACUCCCUGAGUGGACACACUGCUUUGCACUUCUGCACGACACCAAACUCCAUCCUCUGCGCCAAGCAACUGGUGUCUCGAGGUGCAAACGUGAACAUGAAAACCAACAACCAGGAUGAGGAGACACCCCUGCACACGGCUGCCCACUUCGGCCUCUCCGAGCUGGUGGCCUUCUACGUGGAGAACGGGGCCAUCGUCGACAGCAUGAACGCCCACAUGGAGACUCCGCUGGCCGUGGCCACCUACUGGGCCCUGCGCUUCAAGGAGCAGGAGUACAGCAGGGAACACCACCUCAUCUGCCGCACGCUGCUGGACAACAACGCUGAAGUCAACGCCCGUGAUGACGACUUCAAGUCCCCUCUGCACAAGGCUGCCUGGAAUUGCGACCACGUGCUCAUGCACAUGAUGCUGGAUGCGGGCGCCGAGGCCAACCUCAUGGAUAUCAACGGCUGCGCAGCCAUCCAGUACGUGCUGAAGGUCACCUCUGUGCGCCCUGCUGCACAGCCCGAGGUCUGCUACCAGCUGCUGCUGAACUACGGGGCUGCACGCAUCUACCCCCCACAGUUCCACAAGGUGAUCCAGGCUUGCCACUCUUGCCCCAAAGCGAUUGAAGUUGUGGUCAAUGCCUAUGAGCACAUCAGGUGGAACAUGAAGUGGAGAAGAGCCAUUCCUGAUGAUGACCUGGAGAGACACUGGGAUUUUUACCACUCUCUCUUCAAGGUGUGCUGCAACACUCCCAGGACCCUCAUGCAUUUAUCAAGAUGUGCCAUUCGAAAAGCGUUGCACGAAAGAUGCCACAGAGCGAUUCCUCAGCUGUCCCUCCCGUUGCCUCUGAAGAAGUACCUGCUUUUGGAGCCAGAGGGCAUCAUUUAUUAG